AGCAGACAGGGCAGAGGUCAGCAGCUGAAAGGCCAUGUCUUUCAGGUGAACCCCAUGGCUGAGUGAGCCUUCCAUGGGGCCCAGCCACCCCAGCAUGGUCCAAGCCUGUGGGGGGCGCUCCAGAGCACAGCCACUGACCGUGUAUUUGGGGGCAGUCAUGACCCAGCCUCUGCCCGCGAAAGCGCCAGCCAAGAAACAUGUGAGGCUGCAGGAGAGGCGGGGCUCCAAUGUAGCUCUGAUGCUGGAUGUGCGGUCCCUGGGGGCCGUGGAGCCCAUCUGCUCGGUGAAUACACCCCGGGAGGUCACCCUCCACUUUCUGCGCACAGCGGGGCAUCCCCUCACACGCUCGGUCCUGCAGCACCAGCCACCCAGCCCCAGGCAACUGGAGGAGGAAUUCUUGAAGAUCCCAUCAAACUUUGUCAACCCUGAAGACCUGGACAUUCCAGGCCACGCCUCCAAGGAUCGAUACAAAACCAUCUUGCCAAAUCCCCAGAGCCGUGUCUGCCUUGGCCGGGCACAGAGCCAAGAGGACGGGGACUACAUCAAUGCCAACUACAUCCGAGGCUUCGAUGGGAAGGAGAAGGUCUACAUCGCAACCCAGGGCCCCAUGCCCAAUACCGUGGUGGACUUCUGGGAGAUGGUAUGGCAGGAAGAGGUGUCCCUCAUUGUCAUGCUCACUCAGCUCCGAGAGGGCAAGGAGAAAUGUGUCCACUACUGGCCCACACAAGAGGAAACCUAUGGACCUUUCCGGAUCUACAUCCAGGACAUUAAAGAGUGCCCGGAAUACACUGUGCGACAGCUCACCAUCCAGCACCAGGAGGAGUGCCGGUCAGUGAAGCAUGUCCUUUUCUCAGCCUGGCCUGACCAUCAGACCCCAGAGUCAGCUGGACCUCUGCUGCGCCUGGUGGCUGAGGUAGAGGACAUCCCAGAGACAGCUGCCAACACUGGGCCCAUUGUGGUCCACUGCAGUGCAGGGAUUGGCCGGACUGGCUGCUUCAUUGCUACCAGAAUUGGCUGUCAACAGCUGAAGGCCAGAGGAGAAGUGGACAUUUUGGGCAUCGUGUGCCAAUUGCGGCUGGACAGAGGUGGAAUGAUCCAGACCACAGAGCAAUACCAGUUCCUACACCACACUUUGGCCCUUUAUGCAGCCCAGCUGCCCGAGGAGCCCAGCCCCUGA